CACAGGUAGAGAUAGCCAGGUAGGUGUUGCAUCAGCCAGCGCCGUAAGGAAGGCUGACUAACUGACUGGCUGUCCCGCGAGGUAAGGCAAGGCAUGACCAUUGCGAGACUGGGAACUGUCGUCUCUGGUUGCCGUGGACACUGAGUCGCUAACACUACACGAGGGACAUAGAUUAAGCCUGUUGUCCUGCUGGCCUGCUGAUAACACGGACACCUGUUACGCCUUUCAUAGCCUAGCAGGACUUCCCCAGGGCUUAUAAGGGCCACUAGAUCUUCGCAUUCCAGAGAAGGUUGUUGGUGUGAAGACUGACACUGCACGGGUUAGCUUACACCGUUCAAGGGUUGCAGCCAUGCCAGUGAAGUGUACUGCAGAUUGUGGGAGAAAUGCUGUUUUAAAGAGACCAAAGACGGGAGAUGCGCUGUGUAAGGAGUGCUUCUUCCGAGCCUUUGAGGAGGAGGUCCACCACACCAUCACGGCAGCAAAACUUUUUGUGCCCGGCGACUAUGUUGCUAUUGCUGCGUCAGGAGGCAAGGAUUCCACUGUGCUGGCUUAUGUCAUGAAGCUUCUCAAUGAUCGGUACAAUUAUGGGCUGAAGCUGGUGCUGCUCUCUGUUGAUGAAGGAAUCACUGGUUACCGGGAUGACAGCCUAGAAACAGUGAAGCGCAAUGAGCAGCAGUAUGGAAUUCCUCUCAAGGUGGUGUCUUAUGAGGAGCUGUAUGGCUGGACCAUGGAUCGCAUUGUGGAGCAGACAGGUCGGCGAAGCAACUGUACAUUCUGUGGAGUGUUCCGGCGGCAGGCCUUGGACCGGGGAGCUGCCCUGCUGGGGGUGGACAAGAUAGUCACAGGACACAAUGCAGAUGAUAUUGCUGAGACUGUCCUGAUGAACAUCCUGCGUGGGGACGUGGCCAGACUGCAGAGGUGUACAGCCAUUGUUACGGGUUCAGAGGGAGUCAUAUCAAGGUCCAAACCUUUCAAGUACACUUAUGAGAAAGAAAUUGUGAUGUAUGCUUACUUCAAGAGGCUUGACUACUUCUCAACAGAGUGUAUCUAUUCCCCAAAUGCUUACCGUGGCCAUGCUCGGGUGUUCCUCAAAGAUUUGGAGAAGGUGCGGGCAACCUCCAUCAUUGAUGUAAUACACUCAGAAGAAUCAUGGUUUCAUCCAACCUUGCUUCAUAGACAUCCAGUCCUGCCACUGUCUGUUGAGCAUGGAAUGAGGAAACAAAAAAGCAAGAGAACUAUUUAACUAAGCAGAGUGAAUGCUGAGGUAGCAAGACUGCAAGAGCUAUGGAAAGAAUGCUUAGAGAAAUGACAAGAGAAUUACUGGGAGAAAUAAAGGGUGGUGGAAGGAACAUACAAGGAAUGUGCUGGGAAGGAAAAAGGAAACAAAAAUAAUAGGAACAAAGCAGAUCAAAGAAGGACGAGAUGGAGUGCAAAAGGGCAAAUAAAGGUGGAUGUAUGUAAAGCAGUGGCAGGGUUGAAGGCAGAGGCUUGUCAAGAAUUGUGUGAAGAGCUGGAAACACCUGAGAGAGAGAGAGGAAACAAGAACAAGUCAACAGAGGAUGUAUGUACAUCAUGCAAAAUAUAUGAGGGAUGCAAGUCGUACACACCAAGGG